AUGGCCGUGCGCCCCGCGGGCCCCGCGGGCCCCGCGCGCCGCUGCCUGCUGGCGCUCGUGCUGUGCUGCGGCUGGGGGGCGCUGGCCACGGGGACCCCGAAGCCGGGCGCCGGCUGCCCGAGCCGCUGCCUGUGCUUCCGCAGCACCGUGCGCUGCAUGCAUCUGCUGCUGGAGGCCGUGCCCGCCGUGGCGCCGCAGACCUCCAUCCUGGAUCUGCGCUUUAACAGAAUCCGGGAGAUCCAGCCCGGGGCAUUCAGGAGGCUGAGAAACUUGAAUACGUUGCUUCUCAACAACAAUCAAAUCAAGAGCAUACCCAGCGGAUCAUUUGAAGACUUGGAGAAUUUAAAAUAUCUCUAUUUGUACAAGAAUGAGAUCCAGUCAAUUGACAGGCAAGCGUUUAAGGGACUUGCCUCUCUAGAACAACUAUACCUGCACUUUAAUCAGAUCGAAACUUUGGACCCAGAGUCAUUCCAACAUUUGCCGAAGCUGGAAAGGCUAUUUUUACAUAACAACCGAAUCACACAUUUGGUUCCAGGAACAUUCAGUCACUUGGAAUCCAUGAAGAGACUGAGACUGGACUCCAACGCGCUGCACUGCGACUGUGAAAUCCUGUGGCUGGCGGAUUUGCUGAAAACCUACGCCAAGUCCGGCAACGCGCAGGCGGCCGCCACCUGUGAAUACCCGCGACGUAUCCAGGGGCGCUCGGUGGCCACGAUCACCCCUGAAGAGCUGGACUGUGAAAGGCCCCGGAUCACAUCAGAGCCCCAGGACGCGGAUGUCACCUCGGGGAACACUGUGUUUUUCACAUGCAGAGCAGAAGGCAACCCCAAACCCGAGAUCAUCUGGCUUCGAAACAACAACGAGCUGAGCAUGAACACAGAUUCCCGCCUCAACUUGCUGGACGACGGAACCCUGAUGAUCCAAAACACACAGGAGACAGACCAGGGGAUUUACCAGUGCAUGGCGAAAAAUGCCGCCGGGCAGGUGAAAACACAAGAAGUCACCCUCAGGUACUUUGGGUCUCCAGCCCGACCCGCUUUUGUAAUCCAGCCACAGAACACGGAGGUGCUGGUCGGCGAGAGUGUCACCCUGGAGUGCAGCGCCACAGGCCACCCUGUGCCGCGGAUCACCUGGACCAAAGGGGACCGCACGCCCCUGCCUGAGGACCCUCGCGUGAGCAUCACCCCCUCUGGUGGCCUGUACAUUCAGAACGUCCAGCAGGACGACAGUGGGGAGUACACGUGCUUCGCAUCCAACAGCCUGGACAGCAUCCACGCUGCGGCUCUGAUCAUCGUCCAGGCUCUUCCCCAGUUCACCGUGACCCCUGCGGACAGAGCUGUUAUCGAGGGCCAGACGGUCGAUUUCCAGUGUGAGGCCAAGGGCUACCCACAGCCGGUCAUAGCGUGGACCAAAGGAGGGAGCCAGCUGUCCGUGGACCGGCGACACCUCGUCCUCUCCUCGGGAACGCUCAGGAUCUCGGGUGUGGCGCUCCACGACCAGGGCCAGUACGAGUGCCAGGCUGUCAACAUCAUCGGCUCCCAGAGGGCUGUGGCCCACCUGACCGUGCAGCCCAGAGUCACCCCGGUGUUUGCCAGCAUCCCGAGCGACAGGACGGUGGAGGUGGGCACCAACGUGCAGCUCCCCUGCAGUGCCCAGGGGGAGCCUGAGCCCGUCAUCACCUGGAACAAGGAUGGGGUUCAGGUGACGGAAAGCGGGAAGUUUCAUAUCAGCCCCGAGGGGUUCUUGACCAUCCACGACGUCGGGACCGCGGACGCAGGCCGCUACGAGUGUGUGGCCAGGAACACUAUCGGGCAGGCCUCCGUCAGCAUGGUGCUCAGCGUGAGCGUUCCUGACGUCAGCCGAAACGGGGACCCGUUUGUGGCCAAGUCGAUUGUUGAAGCAAUUGCGACUGUGGACAGAGCCAUAAACUCGACCCGCACGCACCUGUUUGACAGCCGUCCCCGUUCUCCCAAUGACCUGCUGGCCUUGUUCCGGUACCCGAGGGACCCCUACACCGUGGAGCAGGCACGCGCGGGAGAGAUAUUUGAGCGGACGUUGCAGCUGAUUCAGGAGCACGUGCGGCACGGGCUGAUGGUCGACCUGAAUGGAACAAGUUACCACUACAACGACCUCGUGUCCCCCCAGUACCUGAGCCUCAUCGCCAACCUGUCCGGCUGCACGGCACACCGGCGCGUGAACAACUGCUCGGACAUGUGCUUCCACCAGAAGUACCGCACGCACGACGGCACCUGCAACAAUCUGCAGCACCCCAUGUGGGGCGCCUCGCUGACCGCCUUCGAGCGCCUGCUGAAGGCCGUGUACGAGAACGGGUUCAACACCCCGCGGGGCAUCGACCCCGGCCGGCUGUACCACGGCCACGCGCUGCCCAUGCCUCGCUUGGUGUCCACGUCCCUGAUCGGGACCGAGACCGUCACGCCCGACGAGCAGUUCACGCACAUGCUCAUGCAGUGGGGCCAGUUUCUGGACCACGACCUGGACUCCACGGUGGUGGCCCUGAGCCAGGCUCGCUUCUCCGAUGGACAGCACUGCAGCUCCGUGUGCAGCAACGACCCCCCCUGCUUCUCGGUCGCCGUGCCCCCCAACGACCCCCGCGUCAGGAACGGGGCUCGCUGCAUGUUCUUCGUGCGUUCCAGCCCCGUGUGCGGCAGCGGGAUGACGUCCCUCCUCAUGAACUCCGUGUACCCGCGGGAGCAGAUCAACCAGCUCACCUCCUACAUCGACGCCUCCAACGUGUACGGGAGCACGGAGCACGAGGCGCGCGCCAUCCGGGACCUGGCCAGCCACCGGGGGCUCCUGCGGCAGGGCAUCGUGCAGCGGUCGGGGAAGCCGCUGCUGCCCUUUGCCACCGGGCCGCCCACGGAGUGCAUGCGGGACGAGAACGAGAGCCCCAUCCCCUGCUUCCUGGCCGGGGACCACCGCGCCAACGAGCAGCUGGGCCUGACCAGCAUGCACACGCUGUGGUUCCGGGAGCACAACCGCGUGGCCGCCGAGCUGCUCUCCCUGAACCCGCACUGGGACGGGGACACCAUCUACCACGAGGCGAGGAAGAUCGUGGGUGCGCAGGUGCAGCACAUCACCUACCAGCACUGGCUGCCCAAGGUGCUGGGCGAGGUAGGCAUGAAGGCGCUGGGCGACUACCGCGGCUACGACCCAGGCGUCAACGCCGGCAUCUUCAACGCCUUCGCCACGGCCGCCUUCAGGUUCGGCCACACGCUGGUCAACCCCGUGCUCUACCGGCUGGACGAGAACUUCGAGCCCAUCGUGCAGGGACACAUCCCCCUGCACAAAGCCUUCUUCUCUCCCUUCCGCAUCGUGAACGAGGGCGGCAUCGACCCUCUGCUCAGGGGCCUGUUCGGCGUGGCCGGGAAGAUGCGUGUCCCCUCGCAGCUGCUGAACACGGAGCUCACCGAGCGGCUCUUCUCCAUGGCGCACGCGGUGGCCCUGGACCUGGCCGCCAUCAACAUCCAGCGGGGCCGGGACCACGGCAUACCGCCCUACCACGAAUACCGAGUGUACUGCAACCUGUCGUCCGCCCACACCUUUGAGGACCUGAAAAAUGAGAUCAAGGACCCCGAGAUCCGGGAGAAGCUGAGACGGUUAUACGGGUCCCCCCUCAACAUCGACUUAUUUCCUGCCCUCAUGGUAGAGGACUUGGUCCCUGGCAGCCGCUUGGGACCGACCCUGAUGUGCCUGCUGAGUACACAGUUCAAGCGGCUGAGAGAUGGGGACAGGCUGUGGUACGAGAGCCCGGGGGUGUUCUCCCCGGCGCAGCUGACACAGAUCAAGCAGACGUCGCUGGCCAGGAUUCUGUGCGACAACGCGGACAACAUCACGCGUGUGCAGAGGGACGUGUUCCGGGUGGCCGAGUUCCCCCACGGCUACAGCAGCUGCGACGACAUCCCCCGCGUGGACCUGCGCGUGUGGCAGGACUGCUGCGAAGACUGCCGGACCCGGGGACAGUUCAACGCGUUCUCGUAUCAUCUCCGAGGCAGGCGGUCCCUGGGGUUCAGCUACCAGGAGGACGGCCCCGCCGGGGGAGCAGGACCCGGGGGGACACCAAGCAUGGGGCAGCACAGAAAGCGCCCUGGCAAUGCCACGGCCGCGUCCCACGAGCGUCCACAGGUUCCGGGGACGAACGACUUCAAGGACUUCGUUGUGGAAAUGCAGAAGACCAUCACGGACCUCAGAGAGCAGAUAAAGAGGCUGGAGGCCCGGCUCAGCGCCACGGACUGCACGGACGCAGACGGGGAGCCUCACGCCAACGGCGCCACGUGGAAGCAAGACGCGUGUACCACCUGCGAGUGCCGUGACGGGCAGGUCACGUGCUUUGUGGAAGCCUGCCAGCCUGCUGGUUGCCCAGCGCCCGUGAGAGCCCCCGGGGCCUGCUGUCCGGCCUGCCCGAGAGACGGCUCGGGGAAGAGGCCGUAGGCUCCGCGAAGCCUUCGGCGCCCACGCGGGGCGUGUGGACGAGAGGGACCGUCGCCGCCCGGGACCCCUUCUGUCUCCGGAGGAGCACAGGUGCUUAGACCAGAGCGUUGGCGGAGGAGAAACCACGGACACACGUCCUGACUUCACGUUAGAUUCUCAGGUUUUUAUUUAAGUUUUUUUAAUGACAAAUUGGUGCUACUAGUAAGUUGCACGGUCCAGUUAUUUAGGCUCCUGGAUUCGUGUCCCUGGACGCUACUCGUCUCCCCAACCAAACGUUCGUCCCGCUGGGCUCCGACGCCUGGAGCUCGGCAGCCGCCCGCCGUGAGGGCGCGUCACGGAGCCGCCAGAAGGAAGCGCACCGCAGGGAGAGCGAGAUCAGUACUCGGCCGAUGGACAGGCUGCUGGGAGAGCCGGCUGACGUCCGGGCGGCGGGUGCGGGCUCCCCGGCCCCGACCCGACACCAGCACGGAGCACACGGCCCCGCGGCUCAGCCCCCGCUCGCCGGCGACCUCCAGCACGUCUCCCGUGAGGACAUCCAGCCACGUCCAGAAACCACGGCUUGCGUGGCGCCGCCUGGGGUGGACCGAGUGUGGAACCCCCCCCCCCCAUUCCUACUCAACCCCGGGUGUGGUGCCCGCACGGAGGCCUCUCCCGACAGAGGUGUCGGUGUUGGCGACUUUCUGACUUCAGGUUGUGUAAGUGCCUUAAGGAAACAAUCAGUCCCUAUACCUCAUUUGUAUUUUCAAAGCGCAGGAUGUUUGACGAGAUUGCGCCCGUGCUUGCGGUGUUCGGGUGGCAGAGAAAUGCCUUCCACUGUGCGAAAGUCGUCUCCGAAUUCAGUGAAGGGCAACUAUCAUACCUCGUGGUCUCUCUUUUCAAUUGACCGGAAACCUCCUUCUUUGUUUUCAAUAUGAAGUGAUCUGUGUCCUCAGAAACGUGUCCCUGAGCGUGCGGGCGCCGUGGGAAGAGCCCCGAGGCCACAGGUGGUUUCGUAUGUGGGGGGCGCGUCCCGGGCUGGGGGGUCGGGGGCACCUCAUCCCUGGGGUGGCCGGGAGGCCGUCGGGCACGUCGUGAGCAGUUUUGAAGCCUGACCUGGGUCCGGCACGGCCUUCCUUCCGGAAGCAGGAGACCCCGGCUCUGUGACCAGCCGGCCCCAACCGCGGGAGGGAGUGCACACCCCCGCCAUGAGCGUGUUCACAGCGGCUCUAAACACAGCCAACUUGACUUCUCAUCCUCGUCACGUUGAGUGGUAAAUACAAGCUGGCGUUCCGUGGGGCGUGGGACUGCCCCUGAGGGAUCAAGUCACUUUUAACACCCAACCCCUAGAACCGAUUUCUGUCGAGCAGAGAGCGGAGGACUGUCCACACCGUGACAGUUGUGGAGGUUGCUCAGGUGUAGAACGACAGCGGACCCCACCCUCCGCGAGCAGCCGGCGUCUCCAGGCGCCUUGGUGGCGGACUGUGGUUUUGCUUGGAGGCACAUGCACGUGGGCUAGAACAGGUGACUGGGACCGUGUCCUCUACCCGGAGGCGCGGCUGCCUGUGACUCGCGGUGCCUGUCUGGAACCGCAGCGGGAACGUGGAAUGUGGCGGGGCCACCGGAUUAAUCUCACGCGGAGCGUCCGAGCUGCGGGCGGGUUUCCGGGGCCCUCUCGGCAGCCACGGUGACGUGAGGCGAGUGUACAUAUUUAUUUACUUUCUGACUGUUGCCAACAGACAAGUGCCUUUUUACGUUCAUUGUAACCAGUUCAUACCAAAGAAACGUUUGCACUAUGUAACGAUGCCUUCAGUUCAAAUAAACGGGCCACGUUUUCAAACGGA